GGGAAGAGAGAUAUUGAUGAGGGUGAUACAUGUGUUCCAAUAAGAUCUAAGGCGUGCAUCACUUUGGUUAGAUUCAUGGCCGUUUAUAUAAGUAGUUGUUCUAAGAGGAAAGGAGGAACAAACGUUGUUGUUUGGGAGAAUUGAGGUGAAGAUGUCGGGCAUGGCCAACGAGGAAGAUAAGAAACCCACCGAUCAGGGAGCUGCACACAUCAGCCUCAAGGUCAAGGGACAGGAUGGAAACGAAACUUUUUUCCGGAUCAAGAGGAGCACUCACUUGAAAAAGCUUAUGAAUGCUUACUGUGAACGACAGUCACUGGAUUUAAACUCUGUUGCUUUUCUGUUUGAUGGCCGUCGCCUACGAUCGGAGCAGACUCCAGAUGAGCUUGAAAUGGAGGAUGGGGAUGAAAUAGAUGCCAUGCUCCAUCAGACAGGAGGUUCUCUUGUCUAAGGAUGUGGUUAUGGUUUACCCUGCAUCAUAAUCUUAACUAGUUUAACUAAGGUUGGUGCAAAAGAUGCAGCUUCUAUCAGUUACUACUAUACUGCCCAUGUUGUUGGACUUACAAGUCCAACGCUUCUUUUGUCCAUAAGAGUGAGUAGAAUAACAUUUGACGUUUGAACUUGAAAGCUGAUAGCCUAGGUUUGGGUGCUUAAUAUACAAUCUUCAUGUAUCUGAGCAUGUAAUCUAUGAUAUGUGGCUGCUUGUUAGAUGGUGUCUCUGAGUGAGCAUGCCUUGGAUGCUAGAAGUGAUUGGAACCCAAUGGAUAUGUGAAUCUGAAUGGGCCUGACCUUAUAUUUUUUAAAUAAAUAGUGUGAUAAAAUAAUAAAGUGUGUUUGCUUUCUAGAGGAACACAGAUGAAUAGGCUUGAUAUUUGAAUGAGGACAAAACUUAGUGGUUUUAGUGUAAUUUUUGAAUAAAAAUUAAUUU